AUGGUAUCUUCGACAACAACAAGCCCGAGACUCACCGAGGAAUAUGAUCGUGACAUCAUUGAAGAGGAAAUCGCAGACGCUUCUUCUAAUCCAGCCGAUACGUGGAUUUCUCCUGGAAAUCUUAUCUGGGGAGCCUAUCAAAAGUAUCUCGUGCAGCAUGGCUUUCUACAACCUCGUGGAGAAAGGGAGUUAGGUGGACCGAAACCAAAGCGUCGAGCCAUCGCCAAAUUAAAUGUG